AUGUCCCGGCUGGUCGUUUCUCUUGUGUUCAUUCUAAAAAUUUCUUUAGUUGUUUGCGCUGAUUCCGAUCUUCCCGGAGAAUGCUCGAGAGCGUGCAACGAGACAGAAGAGUUCCCAAAGCCGGUGUGCGGAACGGAUGGUAACGUUUAUAGUUCGCAAUGCGCCAUGCAGAAAGCCGCAUGUAAGCAGAAAGUGCUGAUAAGCGCUCAGGAUUGGGAUGCGUGCAUCGAUAAACAAUCCUUGUGUCCGGACAAGUGUCUCGAUCUCUACGAUCCAGUCUGCGGGCAGGACAACAUCAUCUACAUCAACUACUGCGUCAUGCAAAGGAAGAAUUGUGGGAAAAGGAUGAAAACUCAAGACCUCGUCUCAUGCAUGACCCGGGAACGGCAGGCAAGAAAAAUCGAAUGCCCCGAGGAUUGUGCGCCGAUCUACGAGCCCGUAUGCGACUCGUUGGGUGAUGUUCACUAUAACGAGUGCUUUUUCCGCAAAGCCACGUGUGGUCAGGAGAACGAAAUCAAAAUUCUCCCUUUGAAAGCUUGCGUGAACUUCGACGACCGAUGUCCUACGAAGUGUCUGAAUAUCAACGAUCCGGUCUGCGGGUCGGACGGCAGACGAUAUCAAAAUCAUUGCAAAUUCGCCGAGGAGAACUGCAAGAAGAACACGAAAAAAAUGCCCUGGGUUUAUUGUUUAGGUGAAGUGGACUCUAUUCCGCAGUGAGAUUUGAAAAUCGGUGGGAUCGAAGUCUAUUCCAAAACCAGCGCCAGACCGCGGCGUGGACCUCGGGUAGCAGCUAUCGUGGGGAGAGAACCCCCGGAGAAUGGGCGGUCGAGAACCGUACGUGACAUGACGAAAUAUCAAAUAAAA